GGGCGGAGGGGGCCGCGUCCUCCCGGCUGUCACCGGCGCUGCCUCCGCAGCCCCAGCCUUCAUCCUCCUCCUCCUCCUCCUCCUCCUCCUCCUCUCCCUCCAUGGUCACCCGCUGCCUCCCGCCCGGGCCGGCAGCCGGAGCCAGGAGGCCUCGCUGAGGGGCAGCGUUGCCGGCGGCUCGAUGGCGUCCCCGCGGACCGUCACCAUCGUCGCCCUCUCGGUGGCCCUGGGGCUCUUCUUCGUCUUCAUGGGGACCAUCAAGCUGACCCCGCGCCUCAGCAGGGACGCCUACAACGAGAUGAAACGAGCCUACAAAAGCUACGUGCGGGCCCUUCCCAUGCUGAAGAAGAUGGGAGUCAGCUCCAUCCUUCUCCGCAAGAGCAUUGGUGCCCUAGAAGUGGCAUGUGGCAUUGUCAUGACACUGGUGCCUGGUCGCCCCAAAGACGUGGCCAACUUUCUGCUCCUCCUCCUUGUGCUGGCCGUGCUCUUCUUCCACCAGCUAGUGGGGGAUCCACUCAAGCGUUACGCCCACGCCCUAGUCUUUGGGAUCCUGCUUACCUGUCGUCUGCUGAUCGCCCGCCAGCCUGAGGAGCAGCCCCCAGAAAAGAGGAUCCUGUCGGUAAAUGGGGAUGAGCAGCCACUCAUCCAUGAGGCGGCUCCUGAGAAAGGCAAAGUGAAGGUAUCCUAGUUGAGUGCGUUUGAGGAAUACGGACCCUCGAGGCAGCUCUCUCCAAAAGCACCCAGAGAAUUUGGUGUUUUAUUUUGUUGUUUUGUUUUUAUUUAACUAUUUAUAUUUUUUGGCUGUCUAAAUAAAGUUUCAUGUGGGGUCUGAGAGA